AUGGGACUCAACCGCGAUGUUGCCAUCAGCCUGUACUUUGCCAUCCUCGGCAGCGCCAUAUUCCUAGGCACUUCUAUCUUCCUGGCCGGCGGAUACAAGCAUAUCGUUGCAUUCAUCCUCACGCGCCGCCACCCUCGAGGUCGCCGCAAUGCUGAUCCUGACCUUGAAAGCAAUGCUGUUAAACUCCAGGGUCUCGCUUACCAUCGCCAACUCCGCCAUCGUCUCCAUAAUCGCCCUCGCCCUUCAUCCGAGCGUUUCCCCUCUCAUGAGGAACGUACCAGCGCUCAACUCUACGAUUCCUAUCUGUCCUAA